CUGCUGGACUCUGGGUAGCUUGAGGAGUAUUCACUUCAAAUACGCUCCUAUGUAUCUCAAUCCUAGCAUUAUCCACCUCAAUAGUAGCAACAAUGUCUCUCACUGCCCUUGCCAAGGAGAUCCUCAAGCACGCUCAAACCCUCGAUGCCUACAUCGAGGAAAACGGGCUUCCGGAGCCGUCGUUCGACUCUUCCGGGCCGCUUGAUUUCCCGAUCGUCGCGAGCACCAAGACUGCCAAACUUCUAGAGUCUCGCACCGCGUUGAUGGAGCUCAAUAAGGAACUUUCAGAUCUUGCUGCCGGGCCGACCCAUGCGGUUGCAACAGCCGCGUUGAUUCCGCAAUUCGAAUGCAUGGCCCUUCGCGCCGUCAAUGGUUUCAGGAUCCCCGAAGCCGUUCCCAUCACCGGCAGCGCCACAUUCUCUGAGAUCGCUGCCAGCACCGGGGUCUCUGAGGAGAUCGUCACACGCAUCAUCCGCCACGCCACCACGAUGCGGAUCUUUUCGGAGUCCGACGGCAACGUCUCACACAAUGCCGCCUCGCGGGCACUCCUAGAGAAUUCCCUGUUGCGGGACUACGUUACCACCGCUCUCAACACCGGGUUCCGGGUGGCAUCGAACUUCCAGGAGGCGGUGGCCAAAUACGGAACUGUGGAUGAGCCCACGCAGACAGCAUUCAAUGUUGCUUUCGGCACGGAUGAGUCUUUCUAUCAGUUCAUCCAGCGGGAUGAGGAGAAGGAGAGGAUGAAGGCGCUUUCCGGGUUCAUGGGCUUCAUGGUACAGCAGGGUGAUACCGGCGGGAGGACCCAUAGUCCCGAGCAUCUUCUCGAUGCGUUCGACUGGGCCGGGAUCGGAAAUGCGCUAGUCGUUGAUGUCGGCGGUUCCCUCGGCGAGGUCAGCGCCCUGAUCGCCGCCCAGCACAACAACCUGCGCUUCAUUGUCCAAGACCUCGCCCCCAUCAUCGCCCUCGCAGAGCCGCACUCACAGAUAGCCUUCGAGGUCCACAACUUCCUUACUCCCCAGCCCCCGACCUCCGCCGAUGCCGACGUCUUUCUCCUCCGCCACAUCAUGCACGACCACUCGGACAAACACGCCGCCACGAUCCUUCGCAACAUAACACUCGUGAUGAAGCCCACCGCUAAGAUCUUAAUCGUAGAUUUCAUCCCCUCGGCCGACGCACCGAACGUCGUCCGGAAGGCGAAGGGAACCGGCGAUAUGUUCAUGAUGGCGUUGCUGGCUGGCAAGGAGCGUGAGAGGACGGAUUGGGAGAGGCUUCUGCAGAAUGCAGACACAAGGUUGAGGAUUAUGAAGUUUACAGAAACGGCCGGGAGUGCAUUCGGGGUUGUGGAGGUGGGAUUCGCGAACGAAUAGCGGGAUAUUUGGUGGAACAGAUAGCUGGGUAAAUAGGAAAUCUGCUGCCAUUGAUUCA